CUCUACCGUCAGACUCCCGCUUGCCACAGUCAUAGUGGGCAGUCAGUGAAUCUUCCCCAAGUGCUGGCAUUAAAUACCCGGGUUAGCGGCAGAUUCAGAGAGGGGUAAGCAGCUCUUCUGGCCUUCAGAUAAAAGAUCUACCCACGAUCAAAAAAUAUGUCCCUGCAGAUGGUAACAGUCAGUAACAACAUAGGCUUAAUUCAACCAGGAUUCUCACUGAUGAAUUUUGAUGGGCAAGUUUUUUUCUUUGGCCAAAAAGGCUGGCCGAAGAGAUCCUGCCCUACUGGAGUUUUCCAUUUUGAUAUAAAGCAUAAUCAUCUCAAACUGAAGCCUACAGUUUUCUCCAAGGAUUCCUGCUACCUUCCUCCUCUUCGCUACCCAGCCACGUGCACAGUCAAAGGCAGCUCGGAGUCAGAAAAGCAUCAAUAUAUCAUCCAUGGAGGGAAAACACCAAACAAUGAGCUUUCAGAUAAGAUUUAUGUCAUGUCUGUUGUUUGCAAGAACAGCAAAAAAGUUACUUUUCGCUGCAGGGAGAAAGACUUGGUAGGAGAUGUUCCUGAAGCCAGAUAUGGUCAUUCUAUUGAUGUGGUGUAUAGCCGAGGGAAAAGUAUGGGUGUUCUCUUUGGAGGACGGUCAUACAUGCCAUUAGCCCAAAGAACCACGGAAAAGUGGAAUAGUGUAGCUGACUGCCUGCCCCAUGUUUUUCUGGUGGAUUUUGAAUUUGGGUGUGCUACAUCAUAUAUUCUUCCAGAACUUCAGGAUGGGCUAUCUUUUCAUGUCUCUAUUGCCAGAAAUGAUACCAUCUACAUUUUAGGAGGACAUUCACUUGCCAAUAACAUUCGCCCUGCCAACCUGUACAGAAUAAGAAUUGACCUUCCCCUGGGUAGCCCAGCUGUUAAUUGUACAGUCUUGCCAGGAGGGAUCUCUGUCUCCAGUGCAGUCGUGACUCAAAUUAACAGUGAUGAAUUUGUUAUUGUUGGUGGCUAUCAGCUUGAAAAUCAAAAAAGAAUGAUCUGCAACAUCAUCUCUUUAGAGGACAACAAAAUAGAAGUUCGUGAAAUGGAGACACCGGAUUGGACCCCAGACAUUAAACACAGCAAGAUAUGGUUUGGAAGCAACAUGGGAAAUGGAACUAUUUUUCUUGGCAUUCCAGGAGACAGUAAACAAGCUGCUUCAGAAGCAUUCUAUUUUUAUAUGUUGAAAUGUGCUGAAGAUGAUGUGAAUGAGGAUCAGAAAACAUUCACAAACAGUCAGACAUCAACAGAAGAUCCAGGGGACUCUACCCCCUUUGAAGACUCAGAAGAAUUUUGUUUCAGUGCAGAAGCAUAUAGUUUUGAUGGCGAUGAUGAAUUUGAUACCUAUAAUGAAGAUGAUGAGGAAGAUGAGUCUGAGACAGGCUACUGGAUUGUAUGCUGCCCUACUUGUGACGUGGAUAUCAACACUUGGGUACCAUUCUAUUCAACUGAACUAAACAAACCUGCCAUGAUCUACUGUUCCCAUGGAGAUGGGCACUGGGUCCAUGCCCAGUGCAUGGAUCUGGCGGAAAGCACACUCAUCCAUCUGUCAGAAGGAAGCAACAAGUAUUACUGCAAUGAGCAUGUGGAGAUAGCAAGAGCACUACAAACCCCGAAAAGAGUUCUACCCUUAAAAAAGCCUCCCAUGAAAUCCCUCCGUAAAAAGGGUUCUGGGAAAAUCUUGACUCCUGCCAAGAAAUCCUUUCUUAGAAGAUUGUUUGAAUAGUUUUACAAAAGCCUUUCAGGUUCCAGUGCAUUGAAUUUUUUCAUCUAUUUUAAAGAAUCAUAAUGAUAACAAAAAUUAUAUUCUAUUUUUGUUUAUUGAAAUCCACCCCCCCCAUGUUUUCUUUUAAUUACAUGAAUUCUGUGCCUGGUGAAAAUGCUUAUAAGGCAGUGCUAACUUUGGUCAUACUAGAAUCUACACAUUUUGAAAAUAUUUUACUCAAAUAAUUAUUCAUUUACUCUUAAUUGAGAGUUUCUUUUCUGAUAUUUUUCAUUCA